UAGGAGCCAAGGCAAUGAGUGAGGUCGUCUGAAACCAAUGCAGUCCUGCCCGGGACCCGGGAGCCAAUCGCAGGAGCAGAGGGCGGGGCGUCAGCGCCAGCAGAUAAUUGCUAAGUGCCUCGCUAGCACAGUUGGUCCGAGCCGCCGAAAGGUCUGGUCGCAGAGACAGGGACGCGUAGUCCUCAGCGUGCUCCAUCCCGACAGCAGCCCUCCACGGCUCGGCAGGGCAGCGAGCCUCUGGGCACCGGCCCCUCUGCUCCACGGAAAAGCCUGAUGAAGUCCUCCGAUAUCGAUCAGGAUUUAUUUACAGACAGUUACUGCAAGGUGUGCAGUGCACAGCUGAUAUCGGAAUCUCAGCGCGUGGCCCACUACGAGAGUCGAAAACAUGCCAGUAAAGUCCGACUAUAUUACAUGCUUCACCCCAGGGACGGUGGGUGUCCCGCAAAGAGGCUCCGAUCAGAGAAUGGAAGUGAUGCCGACAUGGUGGAUAAAAACAAGUGCUGCACCCUCUGUAACAUGUCCUUCACCUCUGCGGUGGUGGCUGACUCACAUUAUCAAGGCAAAAUCCAUGCCAAAAGGUUAAAACUGUUGCUAGGAGAGAAAACCCCAUUAACGACCACAGCAACGCCUCUGAGCUCACUUAAACCUCCGAGGGUGGACACUGCUCCAGUGGUCUCAUCUCCCUAUCAAAGAAGAGAUUCAGACAGAUACUGUGGGCUCUGUGCAGCCUGGUUUAACAAUCCUCUGAUGGCCCAGCAGCAUUAUGAUGGCAAGAAACACAAAAAGAAUGCAGCAAGAGUUGCUUUGUUAGAACAGCUUGGGACAACUCUGGAUACGGGGGAAUUAAGAGGUCUGAGGCGCAAUUACAGAUGUACCAUCUGCAGUGUCUCUCUAAACUCAAUAGAACAGUAUCAUGCCCAUCUGAAAGGAUCUAAACAUCAGACCAAGUAG